GGGAAGGGCCACGGAGGCGGGGACUUGAGGAGGUGUUGCGACGCGAUUACCGGGUUGGGCGGGGCCCUUCUGGGAGGGGUGUGUGGGUGAGCCUGGGUCCUCCCGCCCGCCGAGGAGAUGGAUGAGGAUGGGCUUCCACUCAUGGGGUCGGGCAUAGACCUGACCAAGGUGCCAGCUAUUCAACAGAAAAGAACGGUGGCAUUUCUUAACCAGUUUGUGGUGCACACUGUACAGUUCCUCAACCGCUUUUCGACAGUGUGUGAGGAGAAACUGGCAAACCUUUCUCUUCGUAUCCAGCAAAUUGAAACAACUCUCAACAUUUUAGAUGCAAAGUUGUCUUCUAUCCCGGGCCUAGAUGAUGUCAGAUUUGAAGUAUCUCCUUUAGGUGUCACAAAUGAUUCACAUUCUGAAGCCACUUCAGAACCAUCACAACAGAACAGUACACAAGACUGUGGACCACAGGAAAAUGAAGUAUCAGCAGAAAAUAUCUUAACUGUAGCCAAGGAUCCAAGAUAUGCCAGAUAUCUCAAAAUGGUUCAAGUGGGUGUUCCAGUGAUGGCAAUAAGAAACAAAAUGAUAUCUGAAGGUCUAGAUCCAGAUCUUCUUGAGAGGCCAGAUGCUCCAGUGCCUGAUGGUGAAAGUGAGAAAACUAUAGAAGAAAGUUCAGAUAGUGAAUCUUCUUUCAGUGACUAAACUUAAUUUUGAUAAGAAUUAAAAAUCUAUGUGUUAGGGGCAUUUUUGCAUUCUGUGAGAGAGCCUAAACUCCAACUCUUUUUCAUAAAAAUAUUAAAUGGCUGCAUACCCACCA